GAAAAAGUGAUGAUGAAUGAUUCAUUUGCAUUGCUUUCCGUUCGAGUCACGGAUGUUCACCAAUGUUAAAGUUAUCGUGCAGUGUUUUGACCAGUAUUGUUACUAUGUAUUAGAAUGCAUUUUUUUUAUGUUCACCUUCAUACCGACCAGACGAAGGCCGUCAUAUUCCGUAAUUCAGUGAGAGAAGUCAACAGCGGUGGGUUGGUAUAGGGUUGCUUUGUUGAAUUCCGGGGCAUUGUGCCGACUUUCGUUAGUUUGUUCCCGUUUUUCAAGAUUGCUUAUGUGUUCGGUGUCACCUUACCCCGUGUGGUAGCCAUAGAGCAACCGGCAACAUAGCUGCGGACUAUUCGGAAAAAGCUGUUGCAGCAAUAAAAAAAUCUCUUCAUACUCUGCUCGCUUUGCUAUCGUAUUGCUUGGGACACCUUUCUCUUUAUGGAUUAGCUAUGGCAUAGCAGGAGGAAGUGCAAACCCUGCUCUGCCGCAGAUCCGACUCCACAGCAUCUAUAUCGAGCAUAGGAAACCUGCAAUGCAUUUCCAAAAGGAAGUGUGAGUGAAAGAGGGUCAACCGCGAGAUGUGUACCGUCCGUGCAAAGAUGAGAGAAAGCGUUUGUUUUUCUUUUUCAUAGUGAGAUUGUGGUGAAAAUUGGUGUGAAGCUCAUAUGACGGUGUACUAUCGAAAUCUGCAAACUAUGUUGGGGGAUGUGAGCUGUGCAGUAAUUAUACGGUCUCUGUUUUCGUUCAAAAUGCAGCAAUGUCACCAACAGUUGCUUCAGUGCAGUGCCAGAUUUUAGUGCGAUUAGCGAACAAAUCGAAAAAGCUGUAAGAUCGCCGACAAUAUGAUAAAUUAAACAUUAAAGUAAUACGCUCUGUGAUCGCAGCUCCAGUACGCAACUCGGUCGUGUUCAGUGCCGUUUUAGGUGUUGAGCAAUAUUAUUUGCUGUUCGACUCCCUACUCUACCGUGUUAAUGUGCAUCACUGACCAAAAACUCUAAGUUAAUCGCGAGACACAAUGCAGCUCCAAACACUGGGGUACGACACAUUCUGGUUGUAUUCAAUAUCGGCCGUUGUAAUGGUCAGCAUGAUCACCACGAUAUUAUCAUGCCUCUGCUGUCGGCGGAAACAGGAGAUGAAAAAUGAUCUGCUCGGGCUGGAAGGUAUGGUAAAACUCACAAAUCCUGAGGACACCCUGUUACCCACUGGCUCAAACAUGGCAAUUAAUGCAUCAGCCAGCACUGCAAAUGGUGCAAAUGGAAUAGCUUCAUCAAACACGGCUAAUCUACGUCCUGCCAGUGUUGGCGGUGCUUUCGGUUCAGAUAUUGAGAGCAGCAACAAAAGGACUUCCAAUGCACCUCAUCGAAGCCUUCCAGAUAUACCAAUCGCCGAACCUACCGGUGAUAACAAUUCAGAACUGUAUGCAACCGUGGGCGACAAAGUUCAGGAUCUUCCGCAGGGAAGGAGUCCAUCGGCCAGUUUGAAAAAACAAACCAGUGUAUCGCAACACAGUUCCAUCAGUCAGGCGGAUGAUAUAAGUUCUCCUUAUGCACGAGUCAGAUCUCCGCCACAUGCAUAUGACAAAUUGCGACGCAUGGAACAUCCAUACGCGCAAGUAGCACAGGCUGGAUCUGGUGUUGGCGGUAAUGUGUACGAUGGUGGCACUAGUGGCCCUUCUGGAAUAGCAAACCGUUCAAAACCGCGGGACGGCGAUGCCGAUGACGAUGAAGACGAAGAUGACGACGAACUGAUGAGUCCUAUUUCACGCCGUGAAUCGACGCAGAAUAUAGAGGAACGAGAAACUUCAACCGUGGAUAUUCCGGCUGCGUCUGCAAUUGCUGGACGUGUUUCUGCUAGUCAAGAUUUACCAUACAUGACUCCUCCCAUUGUUCAACCUUCAACGCAGCAUUUUAGUGGUGAUUCUCAGGAUUCCUCAAAGGGCUACACAAGCAUCAGUGUGAGGGAACCGUUGGCUAACCUAAUGCCACAGAACAUGCCCAACCAGACCACGGCCAAACGAAGACAGGUAUUGGGCGAUUCGCACUAUGCUACGGUAUCGGACGAUUCGGACGAAAUGUACGCCGCGAUUGAUGAUCCGGGAAAUCAAGGUGAGCUGUACACUAGCGGAUCGGAAACGUACGCACAAAUUCAGCCUCCGAAUGCAAUGACUGUAUCAGUUGAAAUAAACACGGGGGCAUCGAGCCGGCCUCAACCUCCACCAAUGCAAACGCUGCAUGCUGCAAUGAAUGAUUCCCUUGAUUCAGCCGGCAGUUCUACUAGCACCAAAAUGAAUUCCACAACGCCGAAUCGGCUUAGCAAUCAUGGCAAUAUGGUAACAUCCGGUGACGAGCAUAGCCAUGGACACUUUACCACUUUACCAUCUGCCGGGACUGAGGGUGGUUUAAAAGCACAAACAUUUGUUCAACACUCACGCCAAGCCUCAUCCUCGAGUUGUACUAGUUCAGUAGGAAAUUUGGGCUCACCAAAGCCGGAGAAACGACAAGCAAACAGCCCUUUACCUCCAACGCCAAAAACAUUAAAACAUCAAGCAAAUAAUUUCUUCAACACUUCGAACCAGUCGAUGAUUGGAUCUGGUAGUGUAGCGUCAUCAAACGCUACGUUAAUAACCUCUGGACGUAACUCAGUUGCCUCGGUGAUUGAAUGUAGCGGCGGUGGAUCUACAGCAAUCAACAGAGAAAACACUGUUAACAAAACUAGUGCAGAUAUUGAUAGUACAAUGCUACCUAAUGGUGUUCCAUCCGGUAGCAAACAGAAGAAAAGUCCAUCGAAGGAUUUAGAAGGAAUGUAUGCAAAGGUUAUGAAAAAGAAUAAGUUAUCAAAAGUUCCAUCGCAAAAUUCAUCUCCUGUUCCACUGCGCAAAGACGGCUCAACCGAUGAGCAGCACCUGAAGCAACAGUUCCUGUCAGACUCGGAUAUGUCUCAGUGUAACGAUAGUGGAUCAUUGAACGGUGGCUCACCCAGUAAAAAUGUGAUCGGACCACAGCGUAAUAGUACCGGUAAUUGCCAAAAUAAGGACCCUGGAUAUGAGACCAUUCCCGGCGACAGCAUAAAGGGUAUGGAAAUGGCCCGUAAAUCUGCCGACUAUGCGCAGAUUCAAAAAUUGCAUCGCAAUCACGCAGCUGCUGGUGGGAUGACAGUUGGCAACGUGUUGCCAGGCGGUGAUGGAAAUUCUUUGAGCGCGUUAGUGGCGCAAGGUAUUGAACAAGUGUCGCUUGGUUCGCUGGAAAUAUGUUACGGUAUUGAUGAGCAUUAUGAACGAUCUUUUACAGCGAACGCAGAACCAGGGUACGAAAGUUUGCCAGACACGCGUGGGAGCCUCAACGACCCUGGAUAUGAAACGCUCAAUCGUGGCUCAAACCGCACAGAAUCGGACUCUGACCCAAAUUACGAAAUAUUGCGUCCAGCUAGCAGCAAACCAUCUGCAGCGAAUCAAUCAUCAGCGACACAUAAUUUGAGAGGAAACGCUGAGGACACCAGUCGUGAUAGUGAUGGUUACAGUAGUAUACGGGAGACCGACAAAACACUCCAUCAAACUACGAGAAAUGGGACAAGAAGCCGAUUGAAUUUCGGAGUAUCGCGAGGAACGGCAGAUGAUGAAGAUGCGGACAGCAAUACGCCAGGAUACAGCAGUAUCAAAGAGAAGGAUGAUUACGAUCCCGGGUAUAGUGUGAUAUCGGAACGGAAAAAUCCUCCACCAGGUCAUGAUUAUGCCAGCAUAACGGAAGAAGCAAAAAAACGAAAACCAAAUAUUAACAACAAUCUAGAACCGGAAGACGAGUCGGAUAUAUAUUCCAGCAUACCUCAUACCGCUUCCGGUACACUGACGCUUCCUUCACCAUCUGCGUUAGUGGUAGGUGGUGGCUCUGGUCUGGGAACGGGUUCAUCGGGGAUCUCUGGUGGUAUUAUAGAGACCGGUGUCAACUUUACACCCAUGCCCGACCGAACCGGCUCUGUAGGUAUGGGAACGCUUUCCUCAUCUCCAGGAUAUUCCAGUAUUUCGGAAACUCGCACCACGCCCUCUUCAACCGAUGGAGAUGGUGAUGGAAGUACAAGCUCCCCGGAUCAGCUGAUCGGAUACAGUAAGCAUAAUAGCAACACCAAUACCACGGUAACGACCAAUAACAGUCUUAGUCGAAUAUCGAGCAACUACGAAUCGCUCACUGGAAGUGAAUCUGAUCCAAACUACGAAUCAGUGAAAUAUCUCAACGUCAAGGAAAAUCCUUACGAACGAUUGCACAAUGAAGCAGUCGGAAGAGGUGGUGGAGCGGCAAGCGGUGUAGAAUCUGUUACUAAAUCAUUAACGAAUGAUUCCAUUACAACUGAUUCGGAUACUGCAACUCCAACGCCUGUAACCCAACCAGUGUUACCUGCUGGUGGUAUCGCAAUCGUCCGCAGAGGUCCGGGCACACCGGAUAGUGAUGGGACAGGGACAGCGGCGGUUAGUGAUUAUUUUCAAGUUUGAUUUGUUUUAGCUUAGAUCGUCCCUUAUCCCACUAUAGAACGCAUUCGCUGAGAAGUGAUUAUUUUAUCUCAGACAAAUUUUGACAUUAUUUAUUUAUUUAAAACUAAAUCCUUGUUAUCAUUAACAUAAAUUUCAAACGAAUGACAACGUUGGAUGCGAUGGGUUGUAGCGAUUGCCAUCCACACCAUCUGAUAGGAGUAAUGGAAGCUUAUAGUAGUGUGGCUUGUGGUAACCACAGCGUUAUAGUGCUUCAACCCACGAUAUUAACUAACUGUCCAGUCUUUAGGCUUCGGUGAUUAUUGCAAUGCAACUGUGCUGUACCAUUUGUGUGUAAUAUUACUUGAACAUUUGAUGUAAAUUGUGCCUGUUAAGAAGAACAAACAACUAAACAAAACACGCACACAUAUAGAGUAUGCGAUAGCAACUGGUGGGAGAACGAAAAGCACUGUAUUCUUUUUCUUAGUUCUUUUUAUUAGCACUGGAGAUAGCAUUUGCAUGCAUAUUGUGUGCGUUUAGCCGUGAUAGGUACAUUCACGCGGUUUUUGAGUACGAGGAAAGGUCGAAGGCAUUUCUCUUCCACCAAAUUCAUGCAAUAAGGCAUACUUGGAGUUCGGAGUAUACAAAGAUAAAAAGAGAAACAUCGACUAUGAUUAAACUACAACUGGACUGAUCGGGAAGUAUCCCCAGUAAGCAUCCCACCAUAUACAGACAAGAGGAAACAAAAAAAUAAUUUCGUACGAGUAUUGGAGCUGAUUGCUUGUAGAAAAUGUCGAGAAUUUGUUCGAUCAUGUGAUUUACAAUUGGAGGAAAGUAUCUUUAGGCAAGGGAUAGUGAGCAUUGCCACAACGAAAACUUUAGCUAAAAUAAGAUAGGGGCACCGGUUUGGGGAGGAGAGUCUGUUUUCUGGAAGUUAAAUAAUUUCGCAUCUUCGAUCGUUCCAAAUCAUUACCUGGAUAGCAUCUUUUUUUUUAUCUGUGAAAGUUCUGCAAUCUGUAUUAGUAAUUAGUAAUAGUAACCUACAAUUUAGACAACAGCAGAACAUGUAACAUAAAAGCUCUGCUGCUGUCUUCUACAACAACGUCUUGCAACGCCCGUAAUUAUGUAUGUUGAUUGUACAUAUGCCAACUACGCGCUUCCUAACGUUCACUGUACCUUUAUGUAUCACUCUUAAAGAAAGUAUUGUUUACCACCACCAGGGAAAAUAUUAGAUUAAUUAUUAAUUUUGUUUAUUUUCUUUUUAAACCCGCACGGACCAAGGUGUUUUGUUUGUUUGUUUAUUUGUUUAUUUUUUAAUAAUACUGUUUUCCGAUCAGCAUUAAUUAUCGAUUGUUGUUACAAGCUUUAUAUUAUUAUAUUAUUAAUAUACGUAAGCUUUAAAGACGUAAAAUAUUUUUUUUGUAUUUAUAUGACCUAUUCUACUAUACCAUCGGCAAUGUCUGCAUAGCUAAAAUAAAGAAAUAAACAUUACUCAUAUAAUGCGAGAAAAGGGGACAAAAGCAGCAGCACCCAAAACCCCCCUUUCCUGGGUUCAGGGCGCAGCAGCAGCAUGGUGUUGAUGACACUAUUACGUUAUUACUUGUUUCAUUCAUGUUGGUUGUUUCUAUUUUUUGUGCUUUGUUCUAUUUUCCGUGCUUGGUAUGCAGCAUAUUCUCCAAUGGUGGGUAAUGCCAGACCGGAGUGUUUGAAUACAUUUAGGGAAAAAUUAUGUUUUUUUUUCUGCACAACUUAAAUAUUCCAGCGUAAUAAUUUAAGGUUAAUGAAUUAAAAAGAGCGAUAUAUAUACACAUUUAAAAAUUACUGUUCAAACUUUAACAUGAGAAAAUGAAAAGCAAUUUAACAAUUCUUAUACACAACGUUACAAAAACAAGAUGCAAAGCGAAAGUUUACGAAUGAAAUUUAUAAUCCUUUGUGAAUAAAUGUAAAACAAAAUGAAGAUCUAAUUAAAUUGAAUACUUACGAAAAUGGAA